CUCAAAUUAAACCAUGCCUACCGCUCUAUUCACACCAAUUAAAGUCGGUUCAUCUCUCUUGAGGCAUCGUAUUGUCAUGUCUCCUCUGACCCGUCUUCGUGCUGAUGCCGACCACGUCCCUGUGCCUUUGACAACCGAGUAUUACCAGCAACGCGCUUCUGAAGGUGGCUUACUAGUUGCUGAAGCCACAUUUAUUGCUGAAGAUGCUGGUGUCUAUCCUUCUGCUCCCGGUAUCUACAAUGACAAGCAAAUCGAGGCUUGGAAAAAUGUAACCAAGGCUGUACACGACAAGGGCGGAUCAAUCUAUCUCCAGCUGUGGCAUGUUGGCCGUGCAACUGUGUCUGCUUGGAUUCCCGGAAGUAAACUCCCUGUAUCUGCAUCGGCCAUUGCUAUCAACGGCAAAAAUACUGCUGGAAUGGAUUAUGAAGUACCCCGCGUCCUUGCAGUUGAAGAAAUCUCCCAGAUUACACAGACAUAUGCCGAUGCUGCAAAAAACGCAAUCAGCGCCGGAUUUGAUGGUGUCGAGAUCCACGGUGCAAACGGCUAUCUAAUUGAUCAAUUUAUUAAUACCUCAUCAAAUAUACGCACAGACCAGUAUGGUGGAUCUAUCGAGAACCGCACUCGUUUCGCCUUAGAAGUUGUAGAAGGAGUUUCAAAAGCAAUUGGAGAAGAGCGCACUGCAAUUCGUUUGUCACCUUGGUCUGGAUUCCAGGACAUGAAAGACGAUACACCAUAUGAGACCUGGGGAUAUCUUGUGAACCAGUUACAAGAAAGACAUCCUAGACUGGCCUACCUUCACUUUAUUGAACCUCGCGAUCAAUUCAUUAAUGAUGGUAAUCCAACAGCUGACAGAGGAGAUGCUCCAUUCCGCAAGGCAUGGAAGGGUCCAUUUAUUACUGCUGGUGGAUAUACCACUACUCCUAAGCGUGCAUUUGAAACUACCGAAAAGCUGGAAAACACCUUGGUUGCCUUUGGCCGCUCUUUCAUCGCAAACCCUGAUCUUCCUCUUCGUCUUAAGAACGACUGGCCUCUCAAUAAGUAUGACCGUUCUACAUUUUAUACCAGUGGUAGUGUUGGAUACACUGAUUACCCUUACUACAACCCUGGUACAGCUCGUGAUAUUAAGAACUGA